AUGUUACUGUUGAAUCCGGUGAUACAUCCCGACACUCGCAACAAGCCACUAAAAAUAGAGUCUUUUCUUCGCAGAGAACAUAAUUUUUCCGUUAAUCCAGACCGUCCAGUAUGCCAGUUUUUUUUACCUUCCACUCCCGGUUCUUGUCCCAAUGGCAAUAAUUGUCCUAAUAAACACGUUCCUACAAUGUAUUCCAACAAGAUUGUGUGCAAGCAUUGGCUUCGUGGACUCUGUAAGAAGAAUGACCACUGUGAAUUUCUCCACGAAUACAAUUUGCGGAAAAUGCCCGAAUGCUUGUUCUACUCAAAGAAUGGAUUUUGUACCCAAACUCCUGAAUGUUUAUAUUUGCACGUCGAUCCACAACUGAAAAUACCCGCAUGCCCCAACUACGAAAAGGGAUUCUGUCCCGAGGGCCCCAAAUGUCCUAAUCGACAUGUACGAAAAAUAAUGUGUCCUUUGUGGGUGACAGGAUUCUGUCCCAAAGGUGCUGAAUGUGAUUAUAGUCAUCCUCGCUUCGAGGGAAUGAUAGACAGGUUGCGAAUCAAGCCAGAUGAAGACGAAAAGGAGGGAAGUAAGGGGAACGAGGUUGCGAAGAAGUAA